AUGAACCGCCCUCCUCCACUCCUCAAUCCUGAGAUCGAGCUCAGGAUGACCGACCGCGGACUAUCUGUCUGUACAGAGAUGGAACACGAUUCGGCAUACCUGGAUACGAUCGAAGUUUGGCCCGGAAGGGUCAACAUCAUGCUGAGGGCGGACGUUGACUGCCUCGCAGAACAUCUCGAUCAGAAUACUCCUGGGGAAGAAGCUGAACCGUUGCGUAUCAUCUUUGUGGAAGAUGAGGCGUAUGGGGACUCGAGCUAUCUCAUGAAGGACGCCUCAAGAGGUUUGAACAAGACCGCACGUUGGCUGCACCAACGUUUUGGCAUCUCCCUAGCUUUCUUCCAACAUUUAACCCCGAAUUCCGGUUAUCGCGUCACAGGCAACGGCUGCUUCACGAGAUACAAUGCGACGGGGGAAGCCAUCUCGAUAGAUGGCUUCUACUCGAACUCUGGUGGUCUAUCGCUGUUUCCUGCUCAUAUCUGGUUCUCUCACAGCGUUCUGGAACGGAAUACAUCGACCUACGUCAUCUACAACUCAUCCCCAACGGCCAAGCAGCUUAUAUUUCGGUGUGCUGAGACUCAAGGAUGCGCAUUGCUUCGGCCGUUCGCCAUCGACGCCUUUAUGCAGGAAGACUAUCUAGAAAAGCGGACGGCAAGGCUUUCAGAACUGCGACCUCAGCUAGUCUACUAUGAAAAUGAACUCACAUUUUCGAAGUUCACCCCAGACCAGAACUCAAGAUCCGUGGAGGAACUGCAUAAUCUAUCUCAACACCUCCACGUUGCCAGAGACAACUUCAUCGACCUCAAGAAGAAGCUCCAUUUCUUCCUCGACAUGCGCGAGCGAUAUCUCGAACUCUCCCGGCCGCACUUCACCGUUCCAAGGCAAGACCUCACCUCGGUUGCCGACUCUUGGACUCUGAUCGGCUCGCGGGGCGAUCAUGGCCUACGGUGGGCAGCUAAUUAUACGGAACGCACGAGCAUUAGGAUCAAUCUGUGCUUUAACCUGGCGACGCAGGCAGAUAGUCGAACGAACUUGGAUAUUGCGCGGUCGACGGGCCGGAUUUCUUUCUCUGCUCAACGAGAUAGCUCGUCAAUGAUAACGAUUGCGGCAGUCACGAUGUUCUUCCUUCCUGGGUCAUUCGUCUCGGCAUUGUUCAGCAUGGUGUUCUUCAAUUCAGAAAGUAAAGAGGACGGACAGUUGAGGCUGACCGUCGCACCUCAGUGGUGGUUAUUCCCAGCCAUCGCGAUUCCGCUCACCAUCUUGGUCUUUAUAGUAUGGGUUGUGUGGAGGAAACGUCGGAACUCGGUGGCAGCAUUUGAAAAUAUCACCAAUAGUUGGGAUGUCUGA